CUGUUUGGGAGAACCAAACACGACAUUAGGAAUUAGUUUGAUUUUCCCUCUUUUUCUACGAUAAAAAUACAACCCGCAGAGAUAUCAAAUAAUCCUUCACGUUAUAAUUUCCCUCCUUUCGUAAGACCAAACCAAUGCCUACAUCACACACAAAGAAUCCACAUUUUUAAUAAAAUAAUUAAAAUUAAUCUUUAAUUCUCAUCUUCUUCACUUGUUCAUCUGUAUUGCAGACACCAACCAGUCUUCUAGAAUCACCUCAGCCGCCUCUGAUUAUACUUACAAUCUUUGUGUACACAUAAAAUCUUGAAACCCCAGAUUUUAAAGUUCGAAUUUUGGUGGAGAAUUCGUAUUUUAAUGGUUAGUGGUAUGAAUAACAAUAGUAAAAGUAAUGGUGAGAAGAACCCAUCAAGGGGAGGAGCUACUAGGUCGUGGGGGACCACUGGCUCUGCCCAAUCGGUGUCGACUAGUGGCAGUGUGGGGUCCCCUUCUAGCCGGAUGGAGGCGGCGCCGGCGGCGGUUGCAACCACCCCAGGAAGUGAAAAUACUUUUUUGAGGCUGAAUCAUCUUGAUAUUCAUGCUGCUGGGGAUGAGGCUGGAUCUCAAUUAGAUGUUGGUAAUAAGAAGAAAAAGAGAGGACAGCGUGCUGUUGGCGGGGAUAAGAGUGGCAGAGGACUUCGCCAGUUUAGCAUGAAAGUGUGCGAGAAAGUGGAGAGCAAGGGCAGAACCACUUAUAAUGAGGUUGCCGAUGAACUUGUAGCUGAAUUUUCUGACCCUGGCAAUAAUCUGUCAUCUCCAGAUCAGCAACAAUAUGAUGAAAAAAACAUUCGUCGAAGGGUAUAUGAUGCUCUAAAUGUUCUCAUGGCUAUGGAUAUUAUUUCCAAAGACAAAAAGGAAAUACAGUGGAGGGGUCUGCCACGGACUAGCUUGAAUGAUAUUGAAGAAUUAAAGAGUGAACGUCUUGGAUUGAAGAGCAAAGUUGACAAGAAAACAGCAUAUUUGAAAGAACUAGAGGACCAAUAUGUAGGUCUACAAAACCUUAUACAACGGAAUGAGCAAUUAUACAGCUCAGGAAAUGCUCCUAGUGGAGGAGUGGCUUUACCUUUCAUACUGGUGCAGACCCGGCCUCAUGCCACUGUAGAGGUGGAAAUAUCAGAAGAUAUGCAGCUGGUGCACUUUGACUUCAAUAGCACCCCUUUUGAGCUCCAUGAUGACAAUUACGUUCUCAAGGCUAUGAAAUUUUGUGAAAGACCACAAGGCGAUAAUGUGGAACACGAUGGCCCUGGAGAUAGAGGUGAAAGCUCGAGCAUGCCCAAUAUGUACCAGCCUGAAAUCAGUCACCCGUCUAUGUUAAGUUUACCGAUGAGUAGAACUCCCACCUCGCCUCCACUUCCUGGAAUAAUCAAGGCACGUGUUAAGCAUGAACAUUAGUCUCCCAAGUUGAAUGCUAGGAAACCAUCUUGCUUCCAUCAUGAUGUAAAUUAUGUAGCUAUAUUGUCGAAAGUGGGCCGCCCUCCUUACAUCUGCCUUUUUUUUUUUAAUUUUCCCAUAAUACAUGUUGGCCCCUGCUAAGGAGGUUCAGAUUUUGGUUUGUAGUUUUAAAAUAUUGGGAGGGGCUCAGGUCCUGGUAGAUGUUUUGUUUACAUAUCUGUAAUCCGUAGCUAUUAUACCCUUUCGUUCUUUGGCUCUGGAUGUAGCAGCACAGAAUGCUAUUUGCGGGAUUGUUAGAUAUGCAGAGAAUUUACUUAUUUUAUACUGAAGAAAUCGAGCUGGUUUGUCAA